GACCAGCAAUGUGCUGACUCCUGCCCUGAACCACGGGCCUGCUGCUCCUCAGUACCAGCAGGUAUAAAUAGCUCCACUUACUCCGGGGCCAGGACAUCGUUUUUGUGGAGCCCCCCUGUGCGCACUGAGCAGAUAUUCUUUGGGGGCGGUCAGGUAAAGAAGCGCUGAGAAACAGUAUGGCUCUCAAUAAUCCCCAACCACUGGGACCAUGGAAGAUCACAGUUUAUGACCAGGAGAACUUCCAGGGUAAGCGUCUGGAGUUUACUUCAGCGUGCCAGAACAUCAUGGAGUGUGGCGUGGACAACAUCCGCUCGCUGAAGGUGGAAUGUGGAGCCUGGGCAGGAUAUGAGCACUCCAGUUUCUGUGGACAGCAGUUUGUGUUGGAGAGAGGAGAAUAUCCUCACUGGGAGUCUUGGAGCGGCAGCAACGCCUACCACAUUGAGAGGAUGAUGUCCUUCCGCCCCAUCUGCUCUGCUCACCACAAGGAAUCCAAGAUUGUGCUGUUUGAGAAGGAGAACUUCAUGGGACGCCAGUGGGAGGUGAACGAUGACUACCCGUCUCUGCAGGCCAUGGGCUGGGGCAACAACGAGAUUGGAUCCAUGCAAGUUCAGAGUGGCGCCUGGGUGUGCUACCAGUUUCCAGGUUACCGUGGUUACCAGUACAUCAUGGAGUGCGAUCGUCAUGGCGGCGAGUACAAACAUUACAGAGAGUGGGGCUCCCAUGCUCAGUCCUUCCAGGUGCAGUCGGUGCGUCGAAUCCAGCAAUGA